GAAUCACCUGCAUCAAUAAGGUACAAUUGGCCGCUCAUCAUCUCACUUGCUCAGGUGCAAUAGCAGUAUUCACAGACUCUCUUCACACACUGCUCACCUUCACCCUGUUUUUUAAAUUCACAAAAUCCUACCUCUCCGUGACCACUUGCAAAACAACCUCCCACCCACUCCCCGCGCCAAAACAACCGAGCAAAUAAAAAAAGGAUACAAUACCUUGAAGCAAUCUUGCGCCAUUUUCCUACCACUUCCUCCCUACCUCCAGUCCUUUGAUAUAUAUUCAUUUCGAGUAACCCAUUCCUUUUCUUCUCCUUGUUUCUUGUUUCUUUCUUUCUUUCUUUCUUUCUUUUUUUUUUUUUUUUUAGAAAACACAGAUUAUGGGCGCCGGUAUAGGCCGCUCAAUUGGUUUGAAGGGAUGCUAUUGAAACUAUCAUCUAGUCUCUACUAUCCAAUCACCGUCACCGAGCUCCUACGCCAACGGGGCGACAAUGUCAAUCAGGGCGAUGCGCUGUUCGCGUAUUACUAUCAUACCACGGUGACAGAGGGCGAUGGACUGGGGAAUAAGCGUGAUGUGGUGAGGAAGUUUCCGACGAAGUUUGAGAGUUCAGUGGAUGGGACGUUGUUGGAGUGGAAAAUAACGGAGGGACAGGUGAUUGAGAGGCCAAUCGAUAUUGCGGAAAUUGAUGAGCCCUGUUCUCAUGAUGUACAGUUUGGUGGAAUGUGCGCGAACUGCGGGAAGGAUAUGACUGUGUUCAAUUACAACACUGAAGUGCUCGACUCAUCGCGAGCUCCGAUUCGAAUGGUUCACGACAAUGCUUCGCUCACCGUUAGCAAAGACGAAGCGACUCGCGUCGAAGAAGAUGCCAAACGCCGCCUCCUCUCGUCUAGAAAGCUAUCACUUGUCGUCGACCUGGAUCAAACUAUAAUCCACGCGACGGUUGACCCAACGGUAGCGGAAUGGCAAGAGGAUAAGACCAAUCCAAAUCAUGAGGCUGUGAAAGAUGUGCGAGCAUUCCAACUUGUUGAUGAUGGUCCAGGAAUGAGGGGAUGCUGGUAUUACAUCAAAUUACGGCCUGGAUUGGAGGAUUUCCUGAGGAGCAUUUCGAGCCUUUAUGAGCUUCAUAUCUACACAAUGGGUACCCGAGCUUACGCUCAAAACAUCGCCAAUAUUGUGGAUCCUGAUAGGAAGAUAUUCGGAGAUAGAAUUCUGAGUCGCGAUGAGAGUGGGAGCCUAACGGCGAAGAAUCUACAGCGAUUGUUCCCUGUCGAUACCAAAAUGGUCGUCAUUAUCGACGACCGCGGAGAUGUAUGGAACUGGAGCGACAAUCUUAUCAGAGUUCAUCCCUAUGACUUCUUCGUCGGAAUCGGCGAUAUCAACUCCAGUUUUCUCCCGAAGAAGCAGGAGUUCAAGCCCAUGUCCAAAGCACGCGCCAAGGCCAAAAAGCAGUUGGACGUUCGUUCUGAAGUGGAACCUAAGCCCGAAAUGAACGGUUCUAGCGCCAUAGAUGUGGACGAGAAGCCAAAGGAAGAGGUCUCAGCACUGGAACAGCUCGUUACUAUGGGGGGCGGGGACAAUCCUGUCCUGCUCCAGGAGCAAGCACAUCAGCAAGAAGAGGUAAUUGCUCAUCAGGUUGAAGAACGCCCUCUAUUGCAAAAGCAGAAACAGCUCGAUGCAGAAGAUGAGGCUGCUGAACUUCAAGCUGCAGAGAACGGAGAUUCGUCUAGCGAUGACUCGCAAGAUUCGAUGAGACAUCGCCAUCACCUCCUGGAGGAUAACGAUGCUGAGCUUUACCAAUUAGAGGAGAGACUUAAAUUAAUACAUCGUCGCUUCUUCGAGGAGUACGAUCGGAAGCGAUCUUCAGCUCUCGGAGGUCGAGUCUCGGCCUUGAGAGGCGAACGUGUUCACCCGAAAGAUAAGGAUGUUGAUCUCCGUAUUGUCCCAGACAUCAAGAUCAUCAUGCCCCAGAUCAAGCGAAGAAUCCUUGAGGCCGUGGUGGUGGUGUUCUCUGGUGUCAUUCCCCUCGAUAAAGACACCCAAAAUGCGGAGAUAUCGCUAUGGGCGAAGAGCUUUGGCGCCAUCAUCACACAAAAGAUUGAUUCAAGAACUACGCACCUGGUUGCUGGCAGAAACCGCACAGCGAAGGUUCGAGAAGCGACGAGAUAUCCUAAAAUCAAAAUAGUCACAGUCCAGUGGCUGCUAGACUCGCUAACCCAAUGGAAACGGCUUGAUGAAGAGCCAUACCUAGUACCGGUGCACCCGGACGAUCGUGGCGAGCCGAUCAGCUUGCUAGGAAAUUCACCAAACGAUGCAAAGGAAUUGGAUGAUGCCGGCUAUCUAUCAUCCUCCGAAGAAGAUACCACCUCGGCGGAUGAUGACGAAAGUGAUUUCUCGAAGGGAAGAAGCCAAAACGACGAACUAGAAAAUGCGGAUGAGGAAAUAUUACUUUCAACUGGACUUGAUUCGCAUUCCCUAAUCGGAUACGACGCUGAGGAACAGGCAGAAGUGCACGACGAGCUCAAGGAAUUUUUGGGGAGUGAUAACGAAGAGAGCGAAAGCGACAGUGACGCCUCCAUGCUUCAAGGCACAAGUAUGUCACGCGCUGAUAGAAAACGAAAACGCGAUCUUGAAAGUGACGAGAGUGGUGGAGAAUAUCGCGGCGCUACUGAACGUGCUCCGGGAGAACCUGCUGGCUUACGAUUGUCUCAAAAGAUCAAGCGAUCUCAUGAAAGAACGACGGGGCUGAAAGAGGUUUCCAAUGCAUCCUCGAUUGAACAUCCAGGGCCACCUCCGGUUGACACUUCAUCUGAGCUGCUAAGCGACAAAGCUCAAGAACAGGCAAUCGCGGGUGACACUAGCUCCGGUGCUAAUGCGGACGUUCGAAAAGAUAGCGCCAUGGUCGAUCUGGCUGCAGGCGACGAAGAGGACGACGAAGACGAGCUGGAACGCGAAAUGCUUGCGGCGUUUGAAAACGACAAUUGGGAUGAAAGCAAGGUUGAAGAAGACGCCGGUGACAACGGAUGAAAAUCUUCCCCCCCAAAAAAAAAAAAAAAAAAAAAAAAAA